CAUACUAUACUGGGUGUGUAUGUGUGGGAAGUGACUGGGCUCCGCCACAGCCCCGACACAGCUCCCGGGGGCCCCCCGCCGCCAGCGCCACCGAGCCGGGCGAUGAACAGAGCCGCCAUUCUCCCCGGCGGGCUGCGGUCCGCUGCGCAGCGGCUGGCGGGGGCCCAGGCGGUCCCGACGGCGGUGCCAGGUGGGCCGUGCACCGCGCCAGCACCGGCCCCGGCCACUAAAUAUAGCCACGGCAGCCGGCCACGGAGCAGCGGGCGCGGGAGGCACGCGGCAGGGAGCGGGCGGCCGCAUGCGCCCAGCCCCGCGUGUGCUCCCCUCACGGGGCCCGCGCACACGUGCAGGCACCAGAGCGCGGUCAAGGCCUGUAAACAGCGCCCGGCGCGCACGGAGCCGGCGGGCCCUUGUGUGCAGGGGGCUCUGGGUGUGCCAUUUCCUCGGCGGCUCACGGUUGUGGGGCCUGUAGCGAAGGACGGGCUCUUUGUGACCGACUACUUCACCCGCACACCACGCAAGCUCAGCCCCUUCCGCUCCUUUGCCAGCAUCGAGCUCUUCCACUUCCACAUUCCCGAGGACACAGUCAUCGCCGUCUGGAACCUCAUCACCUUCAAGGAGCAAGGUGGCACCUUUGGGGAUCAAUGCCCAGACCGCAGCAUCACCGUGUAUUUCCGCUCAGGGGCUCCCUCUGUCAUUAACCCGCUGCACACGCACUUCCCCAGGGACACGGCCGUCCCUGGCUCCUUCGCACUGACCCUCACCUGGACCCUGCCCAACCGCACCACAGGCGUGUUCAAUGUCACCAGCCCGCUGCCCGGGGACUGGUUCCUGGCUGCCCACCUGCCCAAAGAUGAGGGCAAGAUCUCCGUUAAGGGGCUCUACGAGGAGUGCCAGUAUCUCUUCCAGCCACAGCUCAUCGUGCAGCGCCUGGUGAACAUCGCUGUGCUGUACCCCGGUCAUGUCACCGAGCAGAGCAUGGCCCCCCACAACCGUUCCUGCCUCUACAAGGUCUUUGUGCCCAGCUACACAUCGCGAGUGCUUGUGGAGGUGCUGCGGUGCCGUGGGGCCGAGGGCUGCCCACUCUGGCUGCGUGUGCGGGCCAAGGCUCCCCCCCUGCACAACUCCACAACCCUGGACUGCCGGGAACACACUCCCUGCCAGCUGGCACAGGACCUGCCCUUCUGGCAGCACUGGUACUACGUGCUGGUGGAGAAACACCCUGGGGUGCCGGGCACCGUCUCCUUCCAGGUCACCGUGCAGCUCACAGACUGUUCCCGACCCAGCCUGGCCCGGCCACCCUUCCUGCCCUCCAGCGCCUCCAUGAACAUGCCCCACUCCUUCGGCUCCGCGGGUGGGCUGGCGCUGGGGGACAGCCCUCCACCCACCAGCCCCAACGACACGAAGCACCCGGUCCCCAUCCCUGUCACCUUACACACCGAAGAGCGGUGCUGGCCUGUCCGGCCCACGCUGCGCAACGAGCUGGACACCUUCUCUGUCCACUUCUACAUCUUCUUCGGGCCCAACGUGUCAGUGCCGCCUGACCGCCCCGCUGUCUUCGUCAUCAACCUCCUGCCAGUGCUGGACAGUGGUGGGGUACUCAACCUGGAGCUGCGGCUCAACGUGAGCUCCCUGUGUGGUGAGAAUGUGACAGUGUUUGGGUGUCUAAACCAUGGAGUCCCACUGACAUCUGGUGACAACACCACGGUCACCUGUGAGACAGAGUCUCUGGCAGGCUUCCUGCUCUCCGUUAAUGCCACAGCCAGCCUCAGCCGCCUGCGGAUCCCCUACCCACAGACAGGCAGCUGGUACCUGAGCCUGCGCUCGCUCUGUGCCACGGAGCACGGGUUUGAGCCCUGCACCAACGUGACAGCUGAGGUGUACUUGCGUGCCUACCUCUCCCCCUGCAUCAACGACUGCGGCAUCUACGGCCAGUGCAAGCUGCUGCGCACCAACAACUACCUGUACGCUGCCUGCGAGUGCAAAGCUGGCUGGAACGGCUGGGGCUGCACGGACAACGCUGAGGCUUUCUCCUAUGGCUUCCAGCUCCUCUCCACACUGCUGCUGUGCCUCAGCAAUGUCAUGUUUGUGCCUCCCGUGGCCAUUGCUGUCCGCAGCCACUACCUCCUAGAAGCUGCUGUCUACAUCUUCACCAUGUUCUUCUCCACUUUUUACCAUGCCUGCGACCAGCCAGGCAUUGUGGUGUUCUGCAUCAUGGAGUAUGAUGUGCUGCAGUUUUGUGACUUCUUGGGCUCUCUCAUGUCUGUCUGGGUCACUGUCAUCGCCAUGGCCCGGCUCCAGCCCAUAGUCAAGCAGGUGCUGUACCUGCUGGGGGCCAUGCUACUCUCCAUGGCUCUGCAGAUGGACCGUCACGGGCUCUGGAACCUUCUGGGGCCCAGCCUUUUCGCUUUGGGGAUAAUGGCCGUCGCCUGGACGGCUCGCACCAUCCGUCGCCGCCACUGCUACCCUCCGACCUGGAAGCGCUGGGCUUUCUACUUGUGCCCGGGAGCGCUGAUCGCAGCAGCGGCCGUGCUGCUCUACGCCUUCGUGGAGACAGAGGAGAACUACUUCUACAUCCACAGCAUCUGGCACCUGCUCAUCGCCGGCAGCGUCGGCUUCCUGCUGCCGCCCCGUGCCAAGCCCAGCCGGCGCCUGGGGCCCCUGCCCCGGCGCAAGGGAUGCGGGUACCAGCUCUGCGUCAAUGAGCAGGAGGAGCUGGGCCUCGUCGACCCCGCUGUGGCCUCCAUCAACAGUAUUUGUACCAGCUGAUGCUGACGCCAGCUCAGACUCCUCUGUCUCUGUCAUGGACAGCAGCCCUGUGGGGCUUGGCACCCACUCUCUUUGCUGGCCACCCUUCUCUGGGAGUGCCAGGACUCCUCUGGACAGGCACACAGCCACCUGUGCCAACCUGUUCUUCCAAUUACAGCCUGAUUGAACUUGU